AUGGGAGGAGGGCGCAAGACUAAGCAUGGCGCGGAGGUAGCGCCAAUCUUUCGCGCCCGCAAGGAGGAGAGCUCACGUGGGGAAGAUGGCCGCGAGGAGGACUCAGAUUCGGCGGCAAGUGACACCAGCCGCACGGCAGCCGCAGCACCUCUUACAAAAGCUGACCUCAGGCACCUGCUGCAGGAGAUCAAAACCAACAUGGCUGCAGAGUUUUCCAGACACCUGACUCCCAUCACUGAAAGCCUAAAUGACCUCACACGCAGAACUACCGCCAUUGAAGACCAGCUGGACCGCACCUCCAUGCAGGCACAGACAAACGAAACCGCCAUCUCAGCACUACAAGACCAGGUACACCUGCUGGAGGAGGCCCAAGAGGACCUCAAUAACCAUUCCCGCCGCAACAAUAUACGAAUUCGCGGGGUGCCAGAGACGGUUGGAAUAGACAUGCUGGCCCCCACUUUGAGAGAGCUUUUCUGCAGCCUACUCCCAGAGGCCUCACCAGCCGAGCUCCUACUAGACAGAGCCCACGGGCCCUUAAAGCACCCCUCCCGAAUGCAACCCAGCCCAGGGACAUCAUCAUCUGCAUGCACUAUUUCCAUAUAA